GCCAGACUCAAAUAAUCGAAGCGAUAAGAUCAUGGAUUUUGCUACCCACUAUACAGUUCUGCAUCUGCAGAUGGAAUGAAAACAAACGUGGAUCCGUAUACGUACACUAACCAAACCUUCAUCUGCUGAAAUCUAUCACCAGACUAUGUGGCCCUAUACCAAAAAGCUCGCUCGCCUUUGCCCGCUUCUAGAUCCUCACAAUGGCCUCCGCCGAGAUCUGGAUUGCGCCCGUCAUUGAGAGAUGUCUCGCAUCUUAUAGCCAAGGUUCAGCUAGUAUUACCAAGUACGAGGAUGAUGGUAGUAACCUUCGUUUUUCUACCCAUGUUCAGCAUUCGGCUUUGAUCCAAGGUUGGAGGGAGCAAGAGGAUGUACCCAAAUUAAUCUUGACCGACUCCAAAUCUCAGAUCGAGGCGAUCCUUACACACGAGGCAUUACGGGUAUACGGGAAAACAGCACCGGACCAUCCAUUGGGUGCGGACCUGGCUCGGGGUUACUAUAUCCAGUUGUUGGACUUUCAGGUAGUCCUGGAGUAUGCGAUGGUUGAGCCAAAGGUUCAUCUAUAUGUUCAACGUUUCGAUAUCGACUGGGGCCGCGGCAAAAUUAAAUCAGCCCCGCAGGGCAAGUUCGUUAAUAAGAACCCUUCCGUCAAAAAAUUGAUGCAACAUGUCGUUCACGGUAUCAGAGGCCUCGAGGCGCAACAUGCGGCAUAUGCGGAACCAUUUGAUGAUACUUUUGGAACACAGGCAUACCAAGACACUCGGAUAUCUGCUUCGCAAGACCUCCUCAUGUCCCAACUACCCCCAAUGUCCGCUUUCAAGAGUCCAGCGGCUCGUACCUCGUCUGUUAGCUGUUCUCAUAUGACAAAUAGUUUAUUGGGGAAUGCAGAAAUGCUUGCCGGAGCGCCGAAUGUUCCCGAAACAAGUAGUGACAAUAUGCACAGACGAAAAACAAAUGCUGCAGAACAGCUUCGGAGUAGACAGAACAGCGCCGAUAUUACCAAGCCUUCCCCCAACUCCAUGACUGUCCGGCGAAGUUCAUCGGCUACUAGCCCCACGAGGCUUGAGGAUGCCACGGGGACAGGGAAACCUGAUACCCUCAUUCGACUGCCAAGCGAGCCGGUGACCCAGAGAGUUGGCCAGCCACCCUAUGAACCAUCAGGCGAAUUUACAAAGGACUCAAAUGGUGCUGUCACAGCAAAUGGGUCGGCAUCCAUUGCGGUUCAGGGAAGUUCUAAUAAACCCUCUUCUCAGUCUAUGAAACCGGAGAGACCGUGUCCCGGUGAUACCGAUCCUUGGCAUGGAAUGACAAAGAUUCGACGGAGAGACAUAGAAAUCCCAAAAGAGCAAGCUGAACUGCUGGAACAACAUAGGCGCCGCUGGAUACCACCAUCUCCAGGAGAAAGCACGCCACAAGGACAUGUGCCGCCCAGACUCCUUGAUCAAUGGAACAAAACGGCACUUCGAAGAAGUCGCAUGGCUCGAGAGGAGAUGUCUGUGGACGUGGAGACUGAAUCUCACCAGCUUCUUCCUAGCCAGCCCAGCCCUACACCUCAGACCGAUUCGGAAUCAGAGGGCGAGCCUUUGACGUCACAAUGGUCAAUUUCCCCAGAGCAAGAGUCACGUUCACGUCAAAUUUUGCCUGCAGAUAGCAGCCCAGUGCGUGUUCGUACCUUUAGGAAGGGAGGAGACUCAAAAAUCGAGGCAUCCGAACAACCUCCGCGAGGUAGCUUGGAGUCUGCUCGUGGCGAUCAAAUCAUACCGCAACCGAUGUUCAAGAACAAGGAGGACCCCAUUUAUACAGGCCCCGACGGGGAUGGUCAGCUUGUUGGUUGUGGAGCGUCUCAAAUGAAAGAUACAACUCAUAUUCAGGAUCUCCAGGAUGAUUCCGAUGCUGAAAGCGAAGACUCGGUGAUGGACACGUCCGUUCCGUGUCCACUCGGUGAUGUGCAACAAGUGCAAGUUACUAGUCAAUCAGAACAAGAGGUUAUAAGCUCUGGCUCAUCACUUCCUGGGCCUCGCAUUCGCGAACAUGUGCAGGUUGUGGACACGCCAGACAACAAUGUUAGCCGUCAAUCUAGGGACUUUGCUAAGAAGGACGCUGGAUUGCAAACUCGUCACGAUGGGCAGCUGUCAUCUGACGCAGCGAAAUCGUCAUCUCAAUCACGGAUCCUGAACACGUAUGCCAGUAGUGGAUCCAAAGGGACUUCAUCCCAGGAUCGUCAAGAUGGCGCCACCGCUAAUAAGAACUCCGAUGUACUUGGCACACAAGUGAGCAACGGCAGUCUGCAUACUGACACAACGCCAUAUACGACGUCGGACUUGGGGCUCAAUCCAUCUGCUUCAGGAGUCCAACCGCGCAGUGCCUCGACCAAAGGCCAGAUGCUCAACUCACAGAAGUCAGAUCCGUUUUCCUCGUUCCGAGAAAUGCCUUCGUCAAUACCUUCGGAGAUCGGGGCGGUUGUAGCGGGCAUUGAUCAGCCCACAAUGUCGCGCCCAAAACGUCGUGUGUCGGAGGUCGAACAAGAGCAAGAGUCCCCUGCAAAAAGGCCCAAGAUGGCGUCUCAUCAAGAGCCAGCCGAAGAACCAGCGUUGAACAUAGUCGUUCGUCGCCGAAGCUACAUCAACCACUCCACCCAAAAGUUGGAGGAGGCGCAAAGGGUGUAUGAAAAGUUUCGGCGUGAUUAUCCGAACUAUUCAGGGGGCUUCGCUCACUUUACCGAGCUUUGCUCGAAACUCCACGCUGUCCGCUCCAAGGGACACUUGCAGCGGUCUUUCUUAUGGGAUGACUUCAUAAUCAAGCAUCUCGAGGAUUAUCCACGCUAUAUUGAAGAGUGUCUCUCCGCGGGUACCAAGUCGUUGGCAUAUGAAGACUUCUUUUCGUCGUCCUACUCUAGGCCUUCAUACAAGAAACGGAGCAUUACCACUCACGGGAUCGAGAUUAGUGCGGCACAGUAUGUUUCCGCAGAUCAAGCUGGGGCGCCCGAUACCGAUAUCACAUCUCGAAAAGCAAACGCUUCUUUUACGGAGAGUCUUGUCGAGCGAUUCACUAAUUUCCACGCCCAUUCCUUUGGUCCCGAGACUCAGGGAACCCAGUCUGAUACGGAUAUGGACUAUAUGUCGUGUGUUAUGUCGUCUCCCACACCUCAGACAAAGGUCAGGCGUGACAAUGCACCAGACCUCCCAAUACUGGACGAAGAGGCUAUGGAGACAGACUUGGAACAGGAUUCGAAGUCGGAUAUUUCAGUACAUGAGAAUAGGCAAGCCCGGGAUGGCCCGCCGGUGGAAGAACAGCCCUUGGAGUCUUCCGUUCCUGCAGGCGAAACUUAUUACGACGUUCAAGACCCGUUUGUGAAUGAAGACACCCCGUCUGCGCAAUUAGAACAGUACUUGAAGUCUACUUUGGACGAAAAGGAGACACAAAGCCAGGUCAACACUCGCGAGGGAACAGCCAUUGCUGAAGAGCUGGCAGGGCCGGGACAGCCAGAGUCCAGUGCCGUGGAGAAUGCCAUCAAUCGCGCGGAGAUACCCUCGGCUGCGCACGAAACCUCUCAGGAAGAUAACCUGGACUCAAGUGUCCCAGAGAGUGGAGAUUAUAUCAUGGACGAGCAACCCAAACCGGACUUGGACUCCAGCAUACCCGAAAGUGAAGCUGCAAUGGCAGACCCAGCAGGCACAGAGCAGGACGAUGAGUUGGAACUACAGCACCACUCAGUCCCCCACUCCCCACAAGGUUCAACCGAAUCUGACAUUGUGAGCGAGUCCAGCCACUAUGAAGACGAUGACACCGAUUCAGAAACAAAGCCAAAUGCAAUACCACUGCCCCCAGGUAGUGACGCAGAUUCCGACUCCGACCACUCCGACGAAGAAGACGAAGACGACGAAAUGAUUGACGAGACGCACGAAACAGCCAGCAUUGAGCUCGGCGCAGAGACCCAAGAUGCCGCGCAGCAGCAGCAGCAGCUUUCAGACCUCGAACCCGAAUCCGACACGGAAAGUGUCAACGAGAAUUGGUUCGUGUCCCUUCGACACAUCCGUCCCAAAGGCCCUGUCUGGUCUGACGACCCUAAUACGCCCUUCAAGCAAUGGGCACGAGCGGACCAGGCCGUUCUUUCUGAACGUAACCGACGAGGCGGCGCCUACCUGCCAGUUGAUGAGAAGGGAGUGAUCCAGCGUCCUGGAUAUCGUCGAUGAAAGCUAAUCUAUCCCCUAUUCAUGUUUCCAAUUCAUUUAUCUUCUGGGAUAUUAUUCUUCCUAUACCCCCUUUUUUUCUUUACCUGUAUUUUUAAGGUGGUUAUCUUACCUUCUUUGUUUGUAUUAUUAUCAUUGUCGUUGCUAUAUCUCGUUUUCUUACUUGAUAUUUUAUUGAUG